AUGGAGGUGGUUGGAAAUACUUCAACUUUCCUCACCACACUACUCAUCGAAGUGACUGAGGAUUAUCUCGGUGAAUCCGAAGAUCCCCCGGAUGUGACAAUGCCACAAGGAAUAGAAGAGUGUCCACUUGUCCCAUACGACGGAAUAUCGUCAUCAACACCACCGCCAGGAGUUCUAUUUUUCAACGUGCUCGGACAAAAGCUUAUGUCGAAAAUUGUAGGGGACGUACUUGGUGCAAGGAGUGAGGUACAUACCCAUCGGUUUUAUUCUAUCGCUAUGUACGUCGAACAGACUCAAUAG